AACAGAGACAAGCCGCUCACCUCCCUAGGAUGUCUGCCUGCCCCUGGGAGAGAGGACAAAAACAAUCGGCAUCUCUCUCGCUGAAGAACAUAAACAAGAGGACAUAACCAAAAUCUCCCGACACAACGUCCCCACCAACGUCCUCGACAUGGUUUCCCCGGUCACUGUGGUCAAGAGUGAAGGCCCCAAGUUGGUGCCAUUCUUCAAGUCAACCUGUGUUUACUUCGUCCUCUGGCUGCCAACCUCAAGUCCGUCCUGGUUUAGCGCACUUAUCAAAUGUCUGCCCAUCUUCUGCCUCUGGGUGUUUCUGCUGGCGCAUGGCUUCAGCUUCUUGGGGGCUCACUCCAGUGCCCGCAAGAUCCUCGCCGGCCUUAUCUUUUCUGCGCUGGGUGACGCUUUCCUCAUCUGGCAGGAGCAAGGCUACUUCGUUCAUGGUCUGCUGAUGUUUGCCAUCACCCACAUCCUCUACUCAUCUGCCUUUGGAAUGAAGCCCAUCAAUGUGCGCGCAGGCCUGGUGAUCACAGCUGUGUCCAGUGUGAGCUACAUGCUUCUCUACCCUUACCUGUCAGGCCCUUUUACCUACUUGGUGGCUGUCUACAUCGCUCUGAUUGGCUUCAUGGGCUGGAGGGCCAUUGCGGGCUUGCAGUUAGCCAAUGACCUGUGGACCUGGACCAAACUGUCAGCCUGUCUAGGCGCUGUCCUGUUCAUGGUGUCUGACCUCACGAUAGCCGUCAACAAGUUCUGUUUUCCCGUGCCCCACUCGCGUGCUAUCAUCAUGGCGACCUACUACGCUGCCCAGAUGCUGAUUGCUCUGUCAGCCGUGGAAUGCCAGGAUGUGGAGGUUGCGCGAAAGAGAAUAUGAGGGGCCUCUCUGUCUAUGUGACAGCAAGAUGGUAGCUGCUCCCCGCGUGAUCGUGGACACACAUUUCACGACUACAUCACCUGGCCUCAGCCCUCAGCUCCAUUGUUGCCAUGGCAACUGGACCCCACAGUCUCGUCUGAUAGUCUCACACCUCUUCCUCACUAUGAUGCUGUGGUAGUAUUACCUUCAUCCACUCCCAACCGCAGUCUGCUUCUUCUGAUUCCUGAAUGGAAUGCCUCCUGCUAACUGAUGACCGUGGAUAUGUGCACGGUAUAGGUAACAUACCUGAUCAAGCAUUAGUUCUAUUUUAUUUGGUUUCAGUGGAGCAUGCCAUUGGGGACCUUUAAGGAAUGUGUUGGGGGGGGGGGGGCGGGGGGGUCAGGUCCUGGAUUUAUUUUAUUCAGGUCCUAUACCUCACCUAUACUUUAGCAAUACAUCAUCUCCAGACUCAAGACACUUAAACAUCAACUUAACUUGGUCCAGAAAUGCAAUUCAAUAUUUAUGACACUUUAUAAUUUCUCAGUAAGUUUUGUGUAACUUUGCCACAUCUGUGUAACCAGAUCAAAGUGAUCCCCGGAUCAAAGGCAACUGUGAUGUAGCUGUAGCUGUCUAAAAAAGGGAUAUCCUACUGACUCGCCCAUAUUGGAUUCCAAACUUUAUCUGAUUCAUCUUUAACGGAUUUGAAGGUGCUAUUUUUUUUAAGGGUAAUAAUUAUCUUAGCAAGAAUAUUUUGUAUGUACCCUGUAACUAGCCUAAUUAACUUCAACAGAUAAAUCCAUCUGUUUUCAUCCGCUUCAAGGGGCUGCCAUUUUCACAUUAUAACGCCCACUGCUGUCGACUGAAAUUGACGUCACAACUGUCCUCAGGCUUGCAUUGUGAAUGUCACUUGACCACAUCCAGAAAAUAGGUGAGCCUUGUAAAGUAAUGCAAUAUUGAUCAGAAUACAUUGCUUAGACUAGUUGGGACACAUACCACUUACUCUUGUUCAUUUUUGCAUUUCGUUCCCCUUAUAAAACUCAGCAACACACCCAGUCUUGCCGUAUUAGGAUUCUUGACUCAAUCCCCUUUUGUGUGGCGUUCCUUUGUUGAGCAGGUUAAGCUCAGUGAUAAUUUUGUGUAUGGUUGUCAUCGUCAUAAGUCGUAUGACCUGUCUAAGGUGGAGUCCGUUUUACGCCAACUUGAUCUGAGAUUCACUCCAGCUCUCCUCCGAAAGGUAUGAUACAGGCAACACUGAGCUGUAAAUGUUGGCGUUGUGCAUUAUGAAAGGAAAGUUAUUUUAAUGGCCUGCAGUUGUGUCACGUUGAAUACAAUGAAAGUGUUUUCUUAAUCUACUGUAUCUGGAAUCUCAGAGGCCUUUUCUUCAACCAAAAAGGCACCAGUCUUGUCAUGCUAGGAGGAAAUUUUCCGCUUUGAUGCUACGAAUCUACGGAGCUGAUUCGUAUAGGUUGCACAAAUAAACAAAAACAAUGCUGUGACCUAUUUCCCCAAAACUAAGGCCAAGGAAGAUAAAAUAAUAUUUCCUCCAAAUGUAUUAGAACGGCAAGUUGAAUUCCUUUGUUUCUGUUAUACACUGAAGACUUUCAUGUUUCAGAUCAAAAGAUGAGUAAGAACCAAUAGUUCAGAAUUCCAUAUUUAUUUCAUCGUAUUUACAAGUAGAUGGCAAACAACUCAGGAAAGAGAGUCUUCUGUUUGAAGCCCCACACUUUUCAAGUGAGUAAAAUUGUGUGACUGAUUGGUGUUUCGAGUUGCUCAUGCGUUGCCUUCAAGAUUGAUUGCUUAAACAUUAGUGUUGUGCAUGUUUUUGGCUUUUGGGUUUCACCUAUGAAAACUGCAUUUGCUGUUAAGCAAACGUGGGGACCAGAGAGGUUUCUACGAAAAAAAAGCAAACCGUUUUGAAGCUGACAGAAGAGGGAAAAAGUAGAUCAAAGCUAUUGCGCAAACACUGGGCAUUGCCAAUACAACGAUUUGAAUAACAAAAUUACCGGUGUACUGAGCAACAGACAUCGAACAGGUCUGCCAAAGGAAAGCUUGUGGGAGCUGUGAAGAAACGUCCAAAGACAACCGUGAGUGACAUCCCUGCCAACCUCCAAAGGUCUCACCAUUCAGUAUUUGAAGAUUUCAAGAGAAUACGGGCCAUACAUACAACAAGAACCAAACCACUCAUUGAGUGAAAAGCAUAGAAGGCGUGUAUGUGCCUCUUUCAACACAUCUUACUGAGACUGACCCAUCUUGAAAUCAUUGCUACACCCCCCCCCCCCCGCCUCCCUGCAAAAUAAAUAAAUCAAAACGCGGCCUCACAUGAUACCGUAAUGUCUCUCUUGACGUUAUGCAUGAUGACAGUGGUUUUAAACUUUUGUGGCAGCGAAGCAGCGUGUUUAUGGGCGCCAUUCCAAAUUGUAUCCCUUCAGAGGCAUUCAACUUAGGAGUUUCCGCUAUAUUUGUUGCAAAUGCCUCCUCAGAUCUCAUACAUUAUGAUUAAUAACACUAAUGAUGUAAUGUUUUAUAAAAAGAGAAUCACUGUCCGUGCAAAUUUACACUGACUAUGUUUAGUCCGUUUGAUAGCGAACUGAUAUGUACUGUAACAUACAAAACAAACUGGAAUAGGAAAAAAAUCUGACCUGGAUUUGGGGUUUCUUCUUGGUCAAUGACCCAUAGACUUAAUCACCCACACACGGGCAAGAAAUGUUUACACACACUUGUUUCCAUUCCACCAGAAGGAAUCUGCAGCGAGAGCAUAGUGAUGACUUUGCUUGUUUUUCACUUUUUCUGACAUCAACAGGAGUGGAAAACUAAGUCAAGACUAUAUUUGUGGCUGUUGUUUCGCUGGAUAGUUCCUCAAUCUGCUUUUGGCCUGUCAGCAUGGUUGCCGGUAAUCGCUUUGUCAGUCAGUUUCAUCAGCGUGGCCAUGACUUUUUAAUCUGUCCACCCAGCAUUGUGGCUGAGUCCCACUUGGAAUUCUUGCUCAUCCAUGCGUUUUUCUCCUUGUUUAGUCUUGAGCUGCGAUCGAACCAUGUCGGGAAUAAGAAGAUUGAGUCAAGCGCUCUUACUCGUCUGUGGGCAAUUUAUGUAAGCGGCCCUUUUGCCCCUUGUCAAAAAAAAGGCAUGAGGAUUCGUCUUCUCCCAUCCUCUUGGCUUCAAUGCGUAAGACAAGAUGAACAGUCAUUAGUUAUUUUUGUUUCGGCAACCCCACGCUCUCGUAAAGUCGUGUGCGGUGAAAUUGCUCGUCCGUGGAUCGAAUCAUAAAGCUGCAAGUUAUUGAUUCCUACCAAAGUGCCAUUUGGAUUAGUCUUGGACACAAUUAACCAAAGCAAACCGCUCCACCUCUAUGAUGACGUUUUCCUGUGCUGCUAGUGUCCUGCUGCCUUUCCAAAUGGGAAGGAAGUUGACGUCGACUGAUGAUCAGCUCGCUGGAAUUAAAUGUGGUGGAAUACUCCCUGUCCAUCAGCCUGUUAGACAGUUAGGAAGGCCGCUUCACCUCAGGCUGUCACUGCUCUGACUAGUUUGAGCUUUGUGCAAGCGGACAAAAAUAACCCGUGAGAGACGCAGGAGGCCUUUUGGGUCUGUGCACAACUGUCAUAACGAUGCAGAGCCAGUAGCUAGUGUAGUGCAGAGGUCGAGGUUUCAACGUGCACUUUGCUGUUUCUCGCCUGUGUUUUUCAUUUUGCGACCCUUGCAUCUUCCGUCUCUUGACCACACUGACCUUCAGAACAUCACUCUGUGUCUUCCACACGCGCAUGACAAUGUUGGCUGAAAUGAAUCCACACUGUCAACACUCAUCUUCAAUGAUGAAGUGCAGACCUUGUGUUUGUGUGUUAUUUUGUUUUGGUUUUUCAUUGUAAGACUGACAGACUUCCAACAUCGCUUUUCCAACAUCCCUUUGAAGGUAAAACUUGCGGUGAGGUUCAAACAAAAAUGAUGAUGCUGGCCACAUGUACUUGUUGAACACUUUGAGCUUAAGAUAUUUUAUUGUAUUUAUAUUUGACACAAAUGAAAAAAAAAGGCAAUUAAUGCAUAUCCAUUGUUUAAGUAGCUAUGCGAGAGGCUAGUAGAAUCACUUUUUAAAGUUUGAGUAAAGUCAAAAGUGUAUUUUGUCAAAAUUGUUGAAGACUGGGCGACUUUAACAAGAAAAGGUUCUACUUUCUUGUGUCAUUUCUUGCCAGACGAUAUCAAUUCACUUUCACUAAAAACUCAGUCGGCUUCACUUGAUGUAAAAACGAUGCACUUAAGACAAAUCCACAGUUUGUGCUGCUAUUAUGAUGUAACCCUUGUAGCAACGACAUGAAAAGGAAAAUAAUGUUUUACCGAUUGUUGAAGCACAAGAAAGCAAUGUGGAAGUGAGGAUUUUUAGACCAAGGCAUUUUUGUUUUGAAAGUGUUUCUCCAACCCAUCAGUGUUCUCUUCUUCUGAAAGCAUGCUUUUUCCCACUUUAGACGGCCAUGUAUAAUUUAACUUUAUUUAAUGGAAAAAUAAUGUCCUUGCAUUUCUACGCUAUGAUACUGUCUAUUAUCCCUUAUUGUCCUUGGUUUUCACUUGUGAUUUGUUAUUUCUUUCAAGACUGUAUAGACAAAAUAGUUCCUUUGCUGUAGUGAAACUGCGAUGAAUGUGAAUAUCUAUUGGAGGAAUAAAUGCAAUUGCAAUGCAACUUAAAAAAAAA